CAUGUGCCGGGCGCUGGCCUGGGCUCUCACAGCCCUGCUCACAGCACGGCCGGCAGAGACCCAGGAUGGUGCAGAGCUGAACUGGAGCAGUGCAGGGCCCACUGCGGACAGUGCCCACCUGAUGUCCUCGUCCACCAGGCACAUGAGCUUUGUGCCCCCCAUCACUGUCCUCCCGGGCAGCUAUGCCCUGCAUGCGGCACACAACGGGCGUGUCUGCAGCACCUGGGGUGACUUCCACUAUAAGACCUUCGAUGGUGACGUCUUCCACUUCCCCGGCCUCUGCAACUACGUGUUCUCCGCGCACUGUGGGGCUGCCUAUGAGGACUUCAACAUCCAGGUGCGCCGUGGCCUGGUGGGCUCCAGGCCCACCAUCAUUCACAUCGUGCUCAAGGCCCAGGGGCUGGUGCUGGAGAUGGCCAAUGGCUCUGUCCUUGUCGAUGGACAGCGGGAGGAGCUGCCCUAUAGCCGUGCCGGCCUCCUGGUGCAGAGGGGCAAUGACUACAUCUCCAUCAGCCUUCGGCUGGGGCUGACCUUGCUGUGGAACAGAGAGGAUGGAGCCCUGCUGGAGCUGGACCCCAAGUAUGCCAACCAGACCUGUGGCCUGUGUGGGGACUUCAACGGCCUUCCAGCCUUCAAUGAGUUCUACACCCACAACACCAAGGUGACCCCUCUCCAGUUUGGAAACCUGCAGAAGCUGGAUGGGCCCACAGAGCAGUGCCCAGACCCCCUACCCUCACCAGCCAACAACUGCACAGACAAGGAGGGUAUCUGCCACCGCGUCCUGUCUGGACUGGCCUUUGAGGAAUGCCAUGAGCUGGUGGAUGCCUCUGUGUAUGUGGACGCCUGUGCCCAGGACCUGUGCCGCUGCCCCUCCUGCCCAUGUGCCACUUUCGCGGAGUACUCCCGCCAGUGUGCCCAUGCAGGGGGCCAGCCGCAGAACUGGAGGGGUCCUGGCCUCUGCCCCCGGACUUGCCCCCUCAACAUGGAGCACCAGGAGUGCGGCUCGCCCUGCAUGGACACCUGCUCCAAUCCCCAGCGCUCCCAGCUCUGCGAGGACCACUGUGUGGACGGCUGCUUCUGCCCCCCAGGCACUGUGCUGGACGACAUCACCAACUCAGGCUGCCUGCCCCUGGGGCAAUGCCCCUGCACCCAUGGCGGCCGCACCUAUGCCCCUGGGGCCUCUUUCACCACCAGCUGCAGCUCUUGCACCUGCUCCGGGGGGCUGUGGCAGUGCCGGGACCAGCCAUGCCCCAGCACCUGCUCCGUGCAGGGUGGUGCACACAUCUCCACCUUUGACGAGAAGCUCUAUGAUCUUCAUGGAGACUGUAGCUACGUGCUGUCCAAGAAAUGUGUGGAUAACACCUUCACUGUGCUGGCCGAGCUGCGGAGAUGUGGCCUGACGGACAAUGAGAACUGCCUCAGGGCUGUGACGCUCAGCCUGGACCGUGGGGCCACGGUCGUCCGGAUCCAGGCCGACGGCAGCGUGUUUGUGAACUCCAUCUACACCCGACUGCCGGUGUCAGCAGCCAACAUGACCAUCUUCAGACCCUCCACCUUCUUCAUGGUGGCCACACAGCAGGGCCUUGGCCUGCAGCUGCAGGUGCAGCUGGUGCCCCUCAUGCAGGUGUCACUCAGGCUGGACCCCUCGCACCGCGGCCAGACGUGCGGCCUAUGUGGGAACUUCAACCAAAACCAGGCCGAUGACUUCAUGGCCCCCAGCGGGGUGGUGGAGGGCACUGCUGCAGCCUUCGCCAACACCUGGAAGACCCAGGCCACCUGCCCCAACGUCAGGAACAGCUUCGAGGACCCCUGCUCACUAAGCGUGGAGAACGAGAACUACGCCAGACACUGGUGCUCGCGGCUGACUGACUCUGCUGGCGCCUUCUCCCGCUGCCACUCCAUUGUCGACCCCGCACCCUUCCACUCGCACUGCAUGUUCGACACCUGCAACUGUGAGAAGAGUGAGGACUGCCUGUGCGCGGCCCUGUCCUCCUACGUACGCGCCUGUGCCGCCCGGGGCCUGCUGCUCCACGGCUGGAGGGACGGCGUCUGCACCAAAUACAUGAGCAGCUGCCCCAAGUCCCAGAACUACACCUACAUGGUGGACACCUGCCCACCCACCUGCCGCGCCCUGAGUGAGGCCGACGUCACCUGCAGUGUCCCAUUUGUGCCGGUGGAUGGCUGCACCUGCCCCAAGGGCACCUUCCUGGACGAUGCAGGAACAUGUGUGCCUGCCCAGGAGUGCCCCUGCUACCUGCGCGGCACAGUGGUGGCCCCGGGAGAGGUGGUGCAUGACAACGGUGCCGUGUGCUCAUGCACAAGUGGGAAGCUGAUCUGCCUGGGGGCCAUACUGCAGACAAGCACAGGCUGUGUGGCCCCCAUGGUGUACCUGGACUGCAGCAACGCCUCAGUGGGCACCCCUGGGGCUGAGUGCCUCCGCAGCUGCCAUGGGCUGGAUGUGGACUGUUUCAGCACUCACUGUGUGUCCGGCUGCGUCUGCCCCCCGGGGCUGGUGUCGGAUGGGGCGGGGGGCUGUGUCACUGAGCAGGACUGCCCCUGUGUGCACAAUGACGUCUCCUACAAGCCUGGGGACACCAUCAGAGUCGACUGCAACACCUGCACCUGCAGAGACCGCAGGUGGGAGUGCAGCCACCAGCCCUGCCUGGGCACCUGUGUGGCCUAUGGGGGCGGCCACUUUAUCACCUUCGACGGCGCACGCUACAGCUUUGAAGGCAGCUGUGAGUAUGCCCUGGCCCAGGAUUACUGCGGGGGCAACACCACCCUGGGGACUUUCCGUGUCGUCACCGAGAACAUCCCCUGUGGGACCACCGGCGUCACCUGCUCCAAGGCCAUCAAGAUCUUCGUGGAGAGCUAUGAGCUGAUCCUCCAUGAGGGGACCGUCAAGGUGGUAGAAAGAGGGCCAGGUAGGGACCUGCCGUACAAGAUCCGCUACAUGGGCAACUUCCUGGUCAUCGAGACCCGUGGUGGGAUGGCUGUGUCCUGGGACCGGAGGACCAGCGUGUUCAUCCGGUUGCACCAGGAAUAUAAGGGCAGGGUCUGCGGCUUGUGCGGGAACUUCGACGACAGCGCCAUCAACGACUUCACCACACGGAGCCAGUCCGUGGUGGGAAAUGUCCUGGAGUUCGGGAACAGCUGGAAGCUCUCCCCAUCCUGCCCGGACGCCCUGGCACCCAAGGACCCCUGCAGCGCCAACCCCUACCGCAAGUCCUGGGCCCAGAAGCAGUGCAGCAUCAUCAACAGCGCCACCUUCGCCGCCUGCCGCACUCAGGUCGACUCCACCAAGUACUACGAGGCCUGCGUGAGCGACGCGUGCGCCUGCGACUCAGGAGGCGACUGCGAGUGCUUCUGCACGGCUGUGGCCGCCUACGCCCAGGCCUGCCGCGACUCUGGCGUUUGCGUGUCCUGGCGGAGUCCCGACGUCUGCCCCCUGUUCUGCGACUACUAUAACCCACACGGGGGGUGCGAGUGGCACUACCAGCCCUGCGGGGCGCCCUGCCUGAAAACCUGCCGGAACCCAAGUGGGCGCUGCCUGGUGGACCUGCCCAGCCUGGAAGGCUGCUACCCGAAGUGCCCGCCCAGCAAACCCUUCUUCUCUGAGGACCAGAUGAGGUGCGUGGCCCAGUGUGGCUGCUACGGAGAGGACGGGAAAUACUAUGACGUGGGCACGAGAGUCCCCACGACGGAGAACUGCCUGAGCUGCUCCUGCACGCCCGGCGGCCUCCGGUGCACCCACAGCCUGGCAGCCUGCACGUGUGUCUACGAGGGCAGGACCUACUCCUACGGCGACGUCAUCUACAACACUACGGACGGGCUGGGCGCCUGCUUAAUUGCCAUCUGUGGAGAAAACGGAACGAUUCUCCGAAGGGCCGUGGAAUGUCCGGGAACGCCGUCCACGACGCCGUUCACCUUCACCUCCACCUCGGCCCCCCUCCCAACCUCGGGCCUGGUGCCCAGCGUCUCCACCGGGUGUGUCCGUGCGGUCUGCCACUGGUCUAACUGGUAUGACGGGGGCCGUCCAGUGCCUGGCGAUGAAGGCGGGGACUUUGAAACAUUUGAGAACCUGAGACAGAGGGGCUACCAGAUGUGUGGGGCGCCAGCCGACAUCGAGUGCCGGGCGGCUGAUUUCCCCAGCAAGUCCUUGCACGAGCUGGGCCAGAAGGUGGCCUGUGACCGGAUGGAGGGGCUGACCUGCGUCAACCGUGAGCAGAGCCCCCCACGCUGCCUCAACUAUGAGCUGCGGGUUCUGUGCUGCGACUACGUGCCCUGCGGCCCCUCCUCAGCCCCAAGCACCAGCCCCCGACCCUCUCACGGCCCCUCCACCCAGACUCCAGUAACCAGAGAGAACACCCCACAGGCAACACCCAGCUCCUCAUCGAUGGCGGCUCUGACCUCACAGACCAGGUCCAGCUUGCCUGCCGUGACGGUCACCCACUUGGUCAGCAGCCCCCUGAACCUGAGCACCACGACUUGUCAGCCCCGAUGUCAGUGGACAGAGUGGUUUGAUGAGGAUUAUCCCAAGUCAGAAAGCGCUGGGGGGGACAUUGAGUCUUAUGAUAAAAUCAGGCGUGCGGGACGGGACUUCUGCAAGCGGCCACAGGACAUACAAUGCCAAGCCGAGAACUUCCCCAGCUGGACCCUGGAGCAGGUGGGCCAGCGAGUGCACUGCAACAUCCGCUUUGGGCUGGUGUGCCAUAAUGCGGAGCAGGAUGGCCUGUUCAAAAUGUGCUACAACUACAGAAUUCGGCUGCUGUGCUGUGACACUGCUCACUGCAGGGGACACACCUCCACCCUGCCACCAGCCACGACGCCGGGGACAGCCAGCAUAGUCACCUCCACCCUGCCACCAGCCACGACGCCAGGGACAGCCAGCACAGUCACCUCCACCCUGCCACCACCCACGACGCCGGGGACAGCCAGCACAGUCACCUCCACCCUGCCACCACCCACGACGCCGGGGACAGCCAGCACAGUCACCUCCACCCUGCCACCAGCCACGACGCCGGGGACAGCCAGCACAGUCACCUCCACCCUGCCACCAGCCACGACGCCGGGGACAGCCAGCACAGUCACCUCCACCCUGCCACCAGCCACGACGCCGGGGACAGCCAGCACAGUCACCUCCACCCUGCCACCAGCCACGACGCCGGGGACAGCCAGCACAGUCACCUCCACCCUGCCACCACCCACGACGCCGGGGACAGCCAGCACAGUCACCUCCACCCUGCCACCACCCACGACGCCGGGGACAGCCAGCACAGUCACCUCCACCCUGCCACCACCCACGACGCCGGGGACAUCCAGCACAGUCACCUCCACCCUGCCACCAGCCACGACGCCGGGGACAUCCAGCACAGUCACCUCCACCCUGCCACCAUCCACGACGCCAGGGACAGCCACAGUCCCCAGGAUAUUGCCCUCAAAACCACAGCUCGGGACGAGCACAGGCCUGACAUGGACUGCCACAGUCAGUACCUCACCUGUGCCCACUCUCUUGAAAAGGUCAACAUUGCCCAGCUCUACGGCUCCUCCAGGCUCCACACACUCCACCUGGCCAGGGAUAACCACAUCCACCCUUUUAGCUCACUCAACCCCACCAGGGACCCCAGGGGCCACUGGCACAUGGGGCCCCACACAGUCACUUACUACAACAAUGCAAACCACAACAGCUCACCUGACAGGCACAGUCAGCACCAUCUCUGAAGAGCCUCAGACCUCAGGCCCGGAGGUGAUAACGCACACAAGCCAGCCAUACACCUCCUAUCCCGAGACCACAUCCCCAAGGGCAGAGACACCACUCCACAGCUCACCCAAGGCUACCACCAGCCAGGGCAGGACUGGCUGUCAACCCAAGUGUGAGUGGACAGAAUGGUUUGACAUGGACUUUCCAAUCUCAGGGGUUGAAGGUGGGGACAUGGAGACCUUUGAAAACAUCAGGGCUGCCGGGGGCAAGAUGUGCCCGGCACCGGACAAAGUGGAAUGCCGCGCAGAGAACUACCCAGAGGUGAGCAUCGACCAGAUCGGGCAGGUAGUGACCUGCAGCUUGGAGACAGGGCUUGUCUGCAGGAACGAGGACCAGGUGGGCAAGUUCAACAUGUGCUUCAACUACAACGUGCGCGUGCUAUGCUGCAAUGACACCAGCCACUGCCCCAGCACAGUGCCCACACCUACGCUCACCUCCACUGCAUCUGCCACCCUGACGGAGAGCCCAGUGCCUACGUUCACCUUCACAGCAUCCACCACCUUCAUACAGAGCCCCUCAGUGACCACUUCUGUGCCCACUAUUUCCCUGAAAACUACCUCUUCACCCAACACCUCCCUGGGAAUGAAAUCCUCGGCCACCACCUCCACAGGGAUCUCCUCUUCCGCCCACUCCCUGGGAAGAACCUCCUUGGCCACCACAUUCACAGCCACCACUUCACCAUUCACCAGGUCAUCAGUGGUAAAAGGAUCCUCCACCACACCCUCCUCCCCUGGGAUCACCAAAACAGUUAACCUCUCCACCAUACAAACACGCAUCACCUCCUCCAGGAUGACCGAGGGGCCUUCCGUCUCCAGUCCCUCUGCUCCACUACCCUCCACCACCACCCUCUUCCAUAGCACGAGGCAGCCCACCUCUGGAACACUGACCACAUCCACCAGACCACCCUCAACUGGCACCCCACACACAGCAUACUGGGUGACCUCCAGCUCCGGGUCCAUCUUCACGACCACCCUCCCCUCCAGCCACCCAUCUCCCAGCACGGCCUGUGUGCCUCAGUGUGCCUGGACAGACUGGUUCAAUGAGGAUUACCCCAUCCCUGGCCCCGAGGGCGGGGACUUUGAGACCUAUGCGGUCAUCCGCUCAGCUGGCCACACCUUCUGUGAGCACCCCGAGGACAUCCAGUGCCGGUCCGAGAAGCAGCCGGACUGGCCCUUGGAGGAGGUGGGGCAGGUGGUCCAGUGUGAUGUACGCUUCGGGCUGGUGUGCAGGAACCGCGACCAGGUGGGAGAGUUCAAGAUGUGCCUCAACUACCUCAUCCGCGUGCGAUGCUGUGAUUACAGUCACUGCCCCCAAACUCCAACCACCACCACAGCGGCUUCCCCAGGGACGAGCCUGACCUGGAGCACCCCAUUGGCCCACAGCACCACAGCUGUGACCGUGUCCACCCGUGGCCCUACGUCCUCCAGUACAGGCUUCAUAGACAUUUACACCAGCUGCAGGCCCACCUGCUACUGGACUGCCUGGCUGGACACUGACCAGCCCCAGCCUGGCCGCUUUGGGGGCGACAUCGAGACCUAUUACCAAAUCAUGAACACAGGUAAGCAGCUGUGCCUGGAGCCCAAGGACAUUGAGUGCGAGGCUGUGCUCUUCCCAGGUGUGCCUGUGGGGCAGCUGGGCCAGGUAGUGCAGUGUGAUGUGCGCUAUGGGCUCAUAUGCCGGAACCACAGGCAGAAGUCAGGACAGACCUGCCUCAACUACCACAUCCGUGUACAAUGCUGCGACUACAGCCACUGUGCCGGUACCACCAGCUCCGUGCCCACUUCCACAUCUGUGAACACAGUCCACAGCACACUCUCCACAUCCAGGUCAUCCAUGGGGCCUGGAAGCUCUCUCAUCACCACCACCAGCCCUGGAACCACAGAAAGAGUGAAAGUCAGUACCACCCAGACAAGCAUGCCUUCCACGGCCACCACCCCCUUGACCACCAGCUCACCAUCCACCACAUCAUCAGGGGUAACAGGACCCUCCAUCACACCGACCAACUCCCCUGGGGUCACCAAAACAGUCAACCUCUCCACCGUGCACACAGGUGUCACCUCCUCCAGGACAACCGAAGGGCUCUCCAUCUCCAGUCCCUCUGGCCCACUGGCCUCUACCACCACCCUCUUCCACACCACAAGGCAGCCCACCUCUGGGACACUGACCACAUUCAAGAGGCCACUUACAACUAGCAGCCCCCACAUAGCCCCCCUGGUAACCUCCAGCUAUGGGUCUACUUUGAAGACCACCCUAACCAUAUCUAUCAGGUCACCCUCAACCAGCAACCCUCAUACAGCCCCCCUGGUGACCUCCAGCCCCAGACCCACCUUCACGACCAUCCUCCCCUCCAGCCACCCAUCUCCCAGCACGGCCUGUGUACCUCAGUGUGCCUGGACAGACUGGUUCGAUGAGGACUACCCCAUCCCUGGCCCCGAGGGUGGGGACUUUGAGACCUAUGCGGUCAUCCGCUCAGCUGGCCACACCUUCUGUGAGCAUCCCGAGGACAUCCAGUGCCGGUCCAAGCAGCAGCCAGACCGGCCCUUGGAGGAGGUGGGGCAGGUGGUCCAGUGCGACGUGCGCUUCGGGCUGGUGUGCAGGAACCGAGACCAGGUGGGAGAGUUCAAGAUGUGCCUCAACUACCACAUCCGAGUGCGCUGCUGCAACUAUAGCCACUGCGCCAGCACCACGAGUUCUGUGUCCACCUCCACACCUGUACCCACUGUCCACAGCACAUUCCCUACGUCCAGGGGCCCGUGGUCAUCUGUGGGACCUGGGUCCUCAUCCACUGCCUCCAUCACCCCAGGAACCACUGAAAGUGUAAAAGUCCUUACCACCCAGAUAAGCACCACCUCCAGGGCCCCCAUGUCCACAGCCUCCACUUCCCAGGGAAAGAUCUCCUUGGCUACCACUUCCAUGGAAACCACCGCUACGGCCACCCGUUCCACUGUUACUACCAAGGGAACCACCUCCAUGGCCACCACCUCCGCAGAAAGUACAUCCUCAGCUACCAGCUCCCUGGGAACCACAUCUUCAGAGACCACCACCCUAGGAACCAGCUCCCCAGCUAGCACCUCCAUAGGAACCACCUCUCCUGCCACCAUCUCCAAGAGCACUACAUCCACGGGGGCUACAUCCCCUGCCACCACUUUCAUAGGUACCACCUCCAGGGUAACCACCUCCCUGGCUAUCACCUCCCCGGCCACUUCCUCCACAGCCACCACCUCUCUGCCCACCACCUCCAUGACCACCACAUCAGAAGUGGUGACAGGACCCUCCACCACACGCACCACCUCUCCAGGGAUCACCAAAACAGUCAACCUCUCCACCAUGGAGACAGGCGUCACCUCCUCUAGGACCACUGAGGGGCUCUCAGUCUCCAGUCCCGCUGGCCCACUGGCCUCCACCACCACCCUGGUUCACACCAGCAGACAGCCCACCUCUGGGACACUGACCACAACCAAGAGACCCCUUUCAACCAGCUCAGCCCCGCUAUUGACCUCCAACUAUGGGUCAUCCUUUGGGACCACCCUGACCACCUUCGCCAGACCACCCUCAACUGGCACCCCACACACAGCACAGCGGGUGACCUCCAGCUCCGGGCCCAUCUUCACGACCAGCCACCCGUCUCCCAGCACGGGCUGUGUGCCUCAGUGUGCCUGGACAGACUGGUUCGAUGAGGACUACCCCAUCCCUGGCUCCGAGGGUGGGGACUUUGAGACCUAUGCGGUCAUCCGCUCAGCUGGCCACACCUUCUGUGAGCAUCCCGAGGACAUCCAGUGCCGGUCCGAGCAGCAGCCAGACCGGCCCUUGGAGGAGGUGGGGCAGGUGGUCCAGUGCGACGUGCGCUUCGGGCUGGUGUGCAAGAACCGAGACCAGGUGGGAGAGUUCAAGAUGUGCCUCAACUACCACAUCCGAGUGCGCUGCUGCAACUAUAGCCACUGCGCCAGCACCACGAGUUCUGUGUCCACCUCCACACCUGUACCCACUGUCCACAGCACAUUCCCUACGUCCAGGUCAUCUGUGGGACCCGGGUCCUCGUCCUCUGCCUCCAUUACCUCAGGAACCACAGAAAGUGUAAAAGUCCUUACCACCCAGAUAAGCACCACCUCCAGGGCCCCCAUGUCCACAGCCUCCACUUCCCGGGGAAAGAUCUCCUUGGCCACCACCUCCAUGGAAACCACCUCCAUAGCCACCCGUUCCACUGUUACUACCAAGGGAGCCACCUCCAUGGCCACCACCUCCACAGAAAGUACAUCUUCAGCUACCAGCUCCUUGGCCACCUUUUCAAAACCAGUGUCUGAACUCACCUCCCUGGCUACCACCUCCCCAUCCACUAUCCCGACGGCAACCAUUUCCCUGGCCAUGACCUCCACAGCCACCACCUCCCUGGGAACCACAUCUUCAGAGACCACCACCCUAGGAACCAGCUCCCCAGCUAGCACCUCCAUAGGAACCGCCUCUCCUGCCAUCAUCUCCAAGAGCACUACAUCCACGGGGGCUACAUCCCCUGCCACCACUUCCAUAGGUACCACCUCCAGGGUAACCACCUCCCUAGCCACCACCUCCCCGGCCACUUCCUCCACAGCCACCACCUCUCUGCCCACCACCUCCAUGACCACCACAUCAGAAGUGGUGACAGGACCCUCCACCACAUGCACCACCUCUCCAGGGAUCACCAAAACAGUCAACCUCUCCACCAUGGAGACAGGCGUCACCUCCUCCAGGACCACUGAGGGGGUCUCCGUCUCCAGUCCCGCUGGCCCACUGGCCUCCACCACCACCCUGGUUCACACCAGCAGACAGCCCACCUCUGGGACACUGACCACAACCAAGAGACCACUUUCAACCAGCUCAGCUCCGCUAUUGACCUCCAACUAUGGGUCAUCCUUUGGGACCACCCUGACCACCUUCGCCAGACCACCCUCAACUGGCACCCCACACACAGCACAGCGGGUGACCUCCAGCUCCGGGCCCAUCUUCACGACCACCCUCCCCUCCAGCCACCUGUCUCCCAGCACAACCUGUGUGCCUCAGUGUGCCUGGACAGACUGGUUCGAUGAGGACUACCCCAUCCCUGGCCCCGAGGGUGGGGACUUUGAGACCUAUGCGGUCAUCCGCUCAGCUGGCCACACCUUCUGUGAGCAUCCCGAGGACAUCCAGUGCCGGUCUGAGAAGCAGCCGGACCGGCCCUUGGAGGAGGUGGGGCAGGUGGUCCAGUGCGACGUGCGCUUCGGGCUGGUGUGCAAGAACCGAGACCAAGUGGGAGAGUUCAAGAUGUGCCUCAACUACCACAUCCGAGUGCGCUGCUGCAACUAUAGCCACUGCGCCAGCACCACGAGUUCUGUGUCCACCUCCACACCUGUACCCACUGUCCACAGCACAUUCCCUACGUCCAGGUCAUCUGUGGGACCCGGGUCCUCGUCCUCUGCCUCCAUUACCUCAGGAACCACAGAAAGUGUAAAAGUCCUUACCACCCAGAUAAGCACCACCUCCAGGGCCCCCAUGUCCACAACCUCCACUUCCCGGGGAAAGAUCUCCUUGGCCACCACCUCCAUGGAAACCACCUCCAUAGCCACCCGUUCUACUGUUACUACCAAGGGAACCACCUCCACGGCCACCACCUCCACAGAAAGUACAUCCUCAGCUACCAGCUCCUUGGCCACCUUUUCAAAACCAGUGUCUGAACUCACCUCCCUGGCUACCACCUCCCCAUCCACUACCCCUAAGGCAACCAUUUCCCUGGCCAUGACCUCCACAGCCACCACCUCCCUGGGAACCACAUCUUCAGAGACCACCACCCUAGGAACCAGCUCCCCAGCUAGCACCUCCAUAGGAACCACCUCUCCUGCCAUCAUCUCCAAGAGCACUACAUCCACGGGGGCUACAUCCCCUGCCACCACUUCCAUAGGUACCACCUCCAGGGUAACCACCUCCCUAGCCACCACCUCCCCGGCCACUUCCUCCACAGCCACCACCUCUCUGCCCACCACCUCCAUGACCACCACAUCAGAAGUGGUGACAGGACCCUCCACCACACGCACCACCACUCCAGGGAUCACCAAAACAGUCAACCUCUCCACCAUGGAGACAGGCGUCACCUCCUCCAGGACCACUGAGGGGGUCUCCGUCUCCAGUCCCGCUGGCCCACUGGCCUCCACCACCACGCUGGUUCACACCAGCAGACAGCCCACCUCUGGGACACUGACCACAACCAAGAGACCACUUUCAACCAGCUCAGCUCCGCUAUUGACCUCCAACUAUGGGUCAUCCUUUGGGACCACCCUGACCACCUUCGCCAGACCACCCUCAACUGGCACCCCACACACAGCACAGCGGGUGACCUCCAGCUCCGGGCCCAUCUUCACGACCACCCUCCCCUCCAGCCACCCGUCUCCCAGCACGGGCUGUGUGCCUCAGUGUGCCUGGACAGACUGGUUCGAUGAGGACUACCCCAUCCCUGGCCCCGAGGGUGGGGACUUUGAGACCUAUGCGGUCAUCCGCUCAGCUGGCCACACCUUCUGUGAGCAUCCCGAGGACAUCCAGUGCCGGUCUGAGAAGCAGCCGGACCGGCCCUUGGAGGAGGUGGGGCAGGUGGUCCAGUGCGACGUGCGCUUCGGGCUGGUGUGCAAGAACCGAGACCAAGUGGGAGAGUUCAAGAUGUGCCUCAACUACCACAUCCGAGUGCGCUGCUGCAACUAUAGCCACUGCGCCAGCACCACGAGUUCUGUGUCCACCUCCACACCUGUACCCACUGUCCACAGCACAUUCCCUACGCCCAGGUCAUCUGUGGGACCCGGGUCCUCGUCCUCUGCCUCCAUUACCUCAGGAACCACAGAAAGUGUAAAAGUCCUUACCACCCAGAUAAGCACCACCUCCAGGGUCCCCAUGUCCACAGCCUCCACUUCCCGGGGAAAGAUCUCCUUGGCCACCACCUCCAUGGAAACCACCUCCAUAGCCACCCGUUCCACUGUUACUACCAAGGGAACCACCUCCACGGCCACCACCUCCACAGAAAGUACAUCCUCAGCUACCAGCUCCUUGGCCACCUUUUCAAAACCAGUGUCUGAACUCACCUCCCUGGCUACCACCUCCCCAUCCACUACCCCUAAGGCAACCAUUUCCCUGGCCAUGACCUCCACAGCCACCACCUCCCUGGGAACCACAUCUUCAGAGACCACCACCCUAGGAACCAGCUCCCCAGCUAGCACCUCCAUAGGAACCACCUCUCCUGCCAUCAUCUCCAAGAGCACUACAUCCACGGGGGCUACAUCCCCUGCCACCACUUCCAUAGGUACCACCUCCAGGGUAACCACCUCCCUAGCCACCACCUCCCCGGCCACUUCCUCCACAGCCACCACCUCUCUGUCCACCACCUCCAUGACCACCACAUCAGAAGUGGUGACAGGACCCUCCACCACACGCACCACCUCUCCAGGGAUCACCAAAACAGUCAACCUCUCCACCAUGGAGACAGGCGUCACCUCCUCCAGGACCACUGAGGGGGUCUCCGUCUCCAGUCCCGCUGGCCCACUGGCCUCCACCACCACCCUGGUUCACACCAGCAGACAGCCCACCUCUGGGACACUGACCACAACCAAGAGACCACUUUCAACCAGCUCAGCUCCGCUAUUGACCUCCAACUAUGGGUCAUCCUUUGGGACCACCCUGACCACCUUCGCCAGACCACCCUCAACUGGCACCCCACACACAGCACAGCGGGUGACCUCCAGCUCCGGGCCCAUCUUCACGACCACCCUCCCCUCCAGCCACCUGUCUCCCAGCACAACCUGUGUGCCUCAGUGUGCCUGGACAGACUGGUUCGAUGAGGACUACCCCAUCCCUGGCCCCGAGGGUGGGGACUUUGAGACCUAUGCGGUCAUCCGCUCAGCUGGCCACACCUUCUGUGAGCAUCCCGAGGACAUCCAGUGCCGGUCUGAGAAGCAGCCGGACCGGCCCUUGGAGGAGGUGGGGCAGGUGGUCCAGUGCGACGUGCGCUUCGGGCUGGUGUGCAAGAACCGAGACCAAGUGGGAGAGUUCAAGAUGUGCCUCAACUACCACAUCCGAGUGCGCUGCUGCAACUAUAGCCACUGCGCCAGCACCACGAGUUCUGUGUCCACCUCCACACCUGUACCCACUGUCCACAGCACAUUCCCUACGUCCAGGUCAUCUGUGGGACCCGGGUCCUCGUCCUCUGCCUCCAUUACCUCAGGAACCACAGAAAGUGUAAAAGUCCUUACCACCCAGAUAAGCACCACCUCCAGGGUCCCCAUGUCCACAGCCUCCACUUCCCGGGGAAAGAUCUCCUUGGCCACCACCUCCAUGGAAACCACCUCCAUAGCCACCCGUUCCACUGUUACUACCAAGGGAACCACCUCCACGGCCACCACCUCCACAGAAAGUACAUCCUCAGCUACCAGCUCCUUGGCCACCUUUUCAAAACCAGUGUCUGAACUCACCUCCCUGGCUACCACCUCCCCAUCCACUACCCCUAAGGCAACCAUUUCCCUGGCCAUGACCUCCACAGCCACCACCUCCCUGGGAACCAUGUCCUCAGAGACCACCACCCUAGGAACCAGCUCCCCAGCUAGCACCUCCAUAGGAACCACCUCUCCUGCCAUCAUCUCCAAGAGCACUACAUCCACGGGGGCUACAUCCCCUGCCACCACUUCCAUAGGUACCACCUCCAGGGUAACCACCUCCCUAGCCACCACCUCCCCGGCCACUUCCUCCACAGCCACCACCUCUCUGCCCACCACCUCCAUGACCACCACAUCAGAAGUGGUGACAGGACCCUCCACCACACGCACCACCUCUCCAGGGAUCACCAAAACAGUCAACCUCUCCACCAUGGAGACAGGCGUCACCUCCUCCAGGACCUCUGAGGGGGUCUCCGUCUCCAGUCCCGCUGGCCCACUGGCCUCCACCACCACGCUGGUUCACACCAGUAGACAGCCCACCUCUGGGACACUGACCACAACCAAGAGACCCCUUUCAACCAGCUCAGUCCCGCUAUUGACCUCCAACUAUGGGUCAUCCUUUGGGACCACCCUGACCACCUUUGCCAGACCACCCUCAACUGGCACCCCACACACAGCACAGCGGGUGACCUCCAGCUCCGGGCCCAUCUUCACGACCACCCUCCCCUCAAGCCACCCGUCUCCCAGCACAGCCUGUGUGCCUCAGUGUGCCUGGACAGACUGGUUCGAUGAGGACUACCCCAUCCCUGGCCCCGAGGGUGGGGACUUUGAGACCUAUGCGGUCAUCCGCUCAGCUGGCCACACCUUCUGUGAGCAUCCUGAGGACAUCCAGUGCCGGUCUGAGAAGCAGCCGGACUGGUCCUUGGAGGAGGUGGGGCAGGUGGUCCAGUGCGACGUGCGCUUCGGGCUGGUGUGCAGGAACCGUGACCAGCUCAGGGCCCUGAACUACUGUGACAACUUCCAUGUGCGCAUGUUGUGCUGUGAUGACUACAGCCACUGUGCCACCACACCUGCAGCCCCCAGUUCCUCAGCACUCCCUUCCUCUGCCCCAGGGACCACGCAUACCCCUGUUGCUCCCCCCCGCAGCCUGUCGACCUUCAGCAUGUCCACUGGGUCUACCUCAGUCCUCACCACCCUGAAACCCACUGGCUCCCCCAGCCCACACUUCUCCCAGGUGCCGUGCUUCUGCCAUGCCUUUGGACAGCUGUUUUCACCUGGGGAUGUCAUCUACAACAAGACUGACAGAGCCGGCUGUCAAUUCUACGCAGUCUGCAGCCAGCACUGUAACAUCGACCGUUUCCAGGGGCACUGCACCACCACCCCACCACCAGCCUCCCCCUCUGUUCUGCCCCCCACGUCCCCACCCACUGGCUGCAGUAACGCCAACCCUCCCCGACAGGUGAAUGAGUCCUGGACCCUGGAGAACUGCACUGUGGCCAGAUGCGAGGGUGACAACCGUGUCGUCUUGCUGAAUCCAAAGCCCGUGGCCAAUGUCACUUGUGUGAACGGGCAACAGCCCCUCCGAGUGUGGAACCAGAGCCAGCCCUGUGACUCCCACUACGAGUGCGAAUGCUCCUGCAGUGGGUGGGGCGACUCCCACUACUCCACCUUUGACGGCAGCACCUACUCCUUCCUGGACAACUGCACCUACGUGCUAGUGAGAGAGAUCCACCCACGCCACGGGAACCUGAGCAUUCUGCUGGACGGCCACUACUGCGGGGCCUCCGCCACCCCCCCCAGAUGCCCCCGCGCCCUCAUCGUCCACUAUGAGUCCAUGGACAUCGUCCUCACCACCACCACCGUCCGUGGGAAGGAGGAGAGCCUGGUCCUGUUUGACCACGUGCGGGUGAGCAGGGGCUUCACCAAGCACGGUGUGAGUGUGAUCCUGACCGGAGUCCAGACCAUGGGUGUCGACAUUCCUGCCAUCGGCGUGAGCGUCUCCUUUGAUGGGCACACAUUCCAUAUCCGGCUGUCCUUUGGCCACUUCGGCAACAACACUGAGGGCCAGUGUGGCACCUGCACCAACAACCAGGAGGAUGAUUGCCGCCGGCAAGACGGCACCCUGGCCCCCACAUGCCAGGACAUGGCCAGGUCCUGGCUGGUCCCUGACAGCAACCAAGAGGGCUGCUGGGGACCAACAAGCCCACCACCGACUGCCAGUCCCACAUCCCCAGCUACCAGUGUGCCCACCACUGCCCCGUGCCUUCCAGAUCCCCUCUGCGAGCUCCUGCUGGGCCAGGUCUUUGCCGAGUGCCAUGGCCUCAUCCCACCCGGCCCGUUCUUCAGUGCCUGUGUCAGUGACAGCUGCCACCCCAGGGCACCCUGCCAGAGCCUGGAGGCCUACGCAGCACUCUGCCGCUCCCGGGGCACAUGCAGUGACUGGCGCAAUGCCACCGGAGGACUGUGCGACAUCACCUGUCCGCCCACCAAGGUGUACAAGCCCUGUGGCCCCGUGCAGCCUGUGUCCUGUGACUCAAGGAAGCAGUACCCACUGAGUGGGGGGCUGGCUGAAGGCUGCUUCUGCCCUGAGGGCCAGAUCCUCUUCAAUGCACUCACAGAGAUCUGCGUGCCCACAUGCCCCUGUGUGGGACCUGAUGGGCUUCCCAAAUUUCCUGGAGAGCAGUGGGUCAGCGAUUGCCAGGCCUGCGUGUGUGACGAGGGCUCAGUGUCGGUGCGGUGCAAGCCCCUGCAGUGCGAGCCCCAGGGCCAGCCCCCGAAGUGUGGCCAGCCUGGCUUUGUGGCCCUGACCAGGCCCCGGGUUGACAAACCCUGCUGCCCUGAGACGCUGUGUGUCUGCAAUACCACCACCUGCCCCCAGAGCCUGCCCAAGUGUGGGCACAGCCAGGUGCUGACUCGUACCCAGGAGGAGGGCGAGUGCUGCCCUGUCUUCCACUGCCGACCGAAGCUGUGCACAUACAACGGCACUGUCUAUGGGGUUGGUGCAACCUUCCCAGGGGUCAUUCCCUGCCACACCUGCAGCUGCCUCUCCUCAGACACCCAGGACCCAACCGUGCAGUGUGAGGAGGAUGCCUGCAACACCACCUGCCCCCAGGGCUUCACGUACACAAGGGUGGCCGGGCAGUGCUGUGGGCAGUGCAGGCAGAAUGCCUGUGUAACGCCCGAUGGCUGGCCUGUCCAGCCCAAUGGAACCUGGGUCAAUAGCCAAGUGGACAACUGCACUGAAUACCACUGUGAGGUCAAGAACGGGCAGCACGUGCUGAGCCCUCGGCCAUCACCCUGUCCUGAUGUAUUCAGCUGUAGGGGGAUCCUCAGGAGAACCGGCUGCUGCUACUCCUGUGAGGAAGUAGACUUGUGUCAAGUCCGCGUCAACACCACAGUCCUACGGUACCGGGACUGCGUGAGCAAGGGGGCAGUCAACAUCACCUUCUGCGAGGGCUCCUGUCCUGGAGCAUCCAAGUACUCAGUCGAGGCCCAGGCCCUGCAGCACCAGUGCACCUGCUGCCAGGAGAGGCGGGUCCAUGAGGAGGCCGUGUCCAUGCAGUGUCCUGACGGCUCAGCCUUUCUGUACUCCUACACCCACGUGGACGAGUGUGGCUGUGUGCCGUCCUGUGUUCCCUUGCCCACAGUGUCCACAGAUGCCCCUGUUCGCCCAGUCUAGGGGGCCCCAUCCCCUCUCCACCUGCAGCCAGGACACACAUGGGCCUACCAGGAAAAGCUAGGCGGCCUACUCCACAGGGCCCACGCCGCCCUGGGGCCCUCCUGCCUCUGUGCACCUUUUUCCCACCCUGUGCAUUAAAUGAGCCAGGGCAGACCCAUUUGGGGAAGAAGAGGGGGGCUGCCCUCACACAUCCUGAGCCCUGUCUUGGCUACGUGCCCUGCCACAGGCCCUGCUGUCCUGGGCCUGUGGAGCACAGAUGCCCAGCUAGCCUCCCCCAGCGGCCAGAGAGCAGACAGGCCAAUCCAGGCAAGGCCAGCCACCAUCAGGGAGCCUCACCCAGCCAAGCAGCUGCCUGCCCAGGCCUUCUGGGGGUCUUAGAGGUUGGGGUCACAAUGGCCAGGUCAGAGAGGGUUCAGCCCCCAAAAUCCCUGUGCUCACCCAACUCCAGGUU